GAUAGUGGGAGGGGGUCGCGGUGCGAGGGUUUAUAAGGGAGGUCCCGAGACCCCGGGCGCCUGAAGCCACCGCCGCCGUGACGAUGCCGAGCCCCGACUCCCCGCCGCUGUCGCGUCCGUUCCGCCGCGCGGGCUCCGAGCUCGGCAGCCGCGCAGAGAGCAUCUCGAGCCCCCCCUACACGGGUCGCCGUCAGAGUCUCAUCUCAGACGCGCGCAAGGAGCGGGAGGCCGGGGGUGGACGGGAGGAGGCAAGCGGCGAGGGGCGCGAGGAGGAGGGGGGCUCGGCAGUUCCCGGAGGGGGCGCGCGCGCCACACUCACGCUGCUAUGCGCGCUCCGAGGGGGGCGAGGGCUCUCCCGAGCCAUCAAAGUUUUCGAGACGUUCGUGGCGCACGUGCUGCACGUGGAGUCGCGGCGCUCGCGCCGGGACGCCGGGGGGCCGGGGGGGGCGGCGGCGGGGUGGGGGCUCGAGCUGCUCGUGCGCUGCGAAGCGCGCGCCUGUGACGUCACAGCGCUCGUGGGGGCCUUGAGGCGCGUGGCCGAGCACGUGCGCACGGGCCGUGAGGACAAGGGGCCGUGGUUCCCGCGCAAACUGCAGGAGCUGGACAGGUGCAACCACCUGGUGACCAAGUUCGAGCCCGAGCUGGACCACGACCACCCGGGAUUCACGGACCCCGCGUACAAACAGCGGCGCCGAGAAAUAGCGGACAUCGCCUUCGCCUACAAGACAGGGGAGCUCAUUCCGCGGGUUCACUACACGCAGGAGGAAAUAGCCACGUGGGGGGAGGUGUACCGCAAGCUGGCCGGGCUGUACCCGACACACGCGUGUAAGGAGCACGUGGACGCCUUCCGUCUCUUGGAGCAGCACUGCGGCUACAGCGAGGACGCGAUCCCACAACUCGAGGACGUGUCCACGUUCCUUCUGGAGCGCACAGGGUUCCAGCUGCGCCCCGCGGCAGGGUUGCUGUCGGCGCGAGACUUCCUGGCGAGUCUCGCGUUCCGCGUGUUCCAGUGCACGCAGUACAUCCGCCACGCGUCCUCACCCAUGCACUCCCCCGAGCCCGACUGCUGUCACGAACUGCUCGGUCACGUGCCCAUGCUGGCGGACAGCACCUUUGCGCAAUUCUCACAGAACAUCGGACUGGCGUCUCUGGGAGCGAGUGAUGAAGACAUCGAGAAACUGGCGACGCUCUACUGGUUCACGGUGGAGUUCGGGCUCUGCAAGCAGGAGGGGCACGUGAAGGCGUACGGGGCGGGGCUUCUCUCCUCCUUCGGGGAGCUCAUGUUUGCGCUGUCCGGAGAGCCCGAGUACCGCGCAUUCGAGGCGGAGGCAGCGGCGCUGCAGCCGUACCAGGACCAGACCUACCAGCCCGUGUACUUCGUGUCAGACAGCCUGGAGGACGCCAAGGACAAGCUCAGGCAGUACGCGCAGGGCUUGCGCCGCCCCGUGGCUCUGCGCUUCGACCCCAUCACGCGCUCCGUGCAUGCCCUCGACUCCACGCGCUCCCUGCGCACGGCCGUCGACGCCCUCCAGGAGCAAGUGUCUGUGCUCUCCUGCGCGCUCUCCAGGAUGGCCUAGCGCCCCCCGCCCUCCUCCUUAGUCCCCGAGGGGGGUGAGAUCCACCCAGUUCCCCGCCUUCGCUACCGAAAGCUGCACCCCCAUAAGAGGCAGCUCUUGGAUGUCACGUGUGUGUGUCUACUGUGCGACAGCUGUGAAAUCUGGCAGAGGAUAGAACGCGUUGGCGAGGUGUGGUGGUGGUGGUGGCUGCAGUAUCAACGUCUUUGGCCACGAGAUCUUCAUCUUAAUGAGAGCUGCCAAAAGGGAGGUCAGUCUGGUGGUGCAGGGUAGCGGGGAAGCACCCCCACCCCACUCGCCCAGCCUGCUGAAUGCGUGAGAAAGCAGUCCCCUAUGUUUGUGGACAUGUGGACCGACUCGAUACUUCGCUUGUAGACGUGCUCAAUAAGCUGGUGGACGGUGGACAUGUCCUCUGGGUCUGUGUACACGCGACAGGCGUUUUCUAAACGGAUAGAAGUCUGACAAAUUGGAGACGUGGGCAUCUAUCUAAUGGGUAAAAAGGUGUCCUUUAAGUGAAACAUCUAGGCAGAUGUGCUCUGGGCUGAUGGAACAACUUUCCUGGGCUGAUGAACACGUAGACGUGUCUUAUAGGUGAGUGAACAUAGGGACAUGCGUCCCCGUUGUCAGGGUUCUCGUAUUAGGGGCCACUGCGUCAGGGCGAGUUUGUGAUUAGGAUCGUGAAUGUCCGAAUUGGCCUCAAGUCUCCCUUGCUGUGUGACCGCAUUGUCUGGCUCUGUCUCUGCGUGUUUUGCCGCUGUCUUCUCGUGUCUCGCUGUCUCCCUGCAUCAUUAAACGAGUCUCCCCGCC